CCCCAUACUCCUACUUUGCCUUCCACAUCGUCCAGGCAUACCGAGGCCUCUGGAAGGACAUCGACAUCGAGGUCAUCCCAAUCUCCCUCGGGGUCAUCAUGAAGGAGGCAGGCAACAGGCCCCCCUUGUCGGUACGUCUCUUCUCCCUUGGCAUACACACUCACACAGCAAGGUCGCUGCAAAGGGCCACUACAUGGCCAAGGACAUUGAACGCAUCACAAAGACACUCAAGUUGGGCAAGUUUGAGAUGCCGCCGCACUUCCCCUACAACUCCUUGAAGCAUCAGCGGAUCCUCACCUGUCUCAAGGCUGGCGAGCAGGACAAGGACUUCCUCAACUGUGCAGGGGCCCUGUGGCGGGCAGCCUGGACGGAGCACAAGGACAUGGCCAGUGACCAAGUCAUCCUCGAUGCCUUGUCCUCUGUCAUUCCAGAAGACCGAGCACGCAAGUACAUGCAGCAGUCCACGGAAGCAGCGUGGAAGGACAAGCUCAUUGUGCCCACCAAGAAGAUCCUCGAGCAAGGCGCCUUUGGCAUGCCUUGGUUUGAGGUCGAGAAGCAUGGCAAGACGGAGUACUGGUUUGGCAACGACCGAUACGAGCAAAUUGCCGCCUUCCUCGGUGUCCCCUGGCGUGGAAUGGGCUACACGGCUGAGGCCCAGGCGCAGGACAAGCUGUCGAAGCUGUAGUGGGUGUUGCUCUUCAUAGCAGACUAGUAGUAGACUAGUAGUAGACUAGUAGUAGACUUGUAGUAGGGCCUAAGCCAGUAGCAGCGAAAUCAGAG